AUGGCUACAUCUGAUGAAGAGUCCGUACUUGGUGAGGAUGGUUGGUCUUGGGAAAUAGUAAGGAUUUUGACGUUGAUCAAACCAUCACCGGAAUUGAUCUGGCAUCAAUGCUUUAACGAGUUUGACUGUGCAAGAUUAGAGGUCCCAUUAGAUUGGCUAGAACCUACCAACACAUCAAAAGUUGUUUUGGCCGUAUUGAGAAGAAAUGCAACGGCAUCCGUGGAUUAUAAAGGACCUCUAUUCAUUAAUCCAGGAGGACCGGGUGGAUCCGGUGUAGGCACUGUGAAAGAUCUUUGGAAGGCCAUUCAUGUGGCUGUUGGAGCUAACCACGAUCUUAUCGGAUUUGACCCUCGUGGAAGAAUGAUAUAUGAUCUUUAUGCACAUCAGAGUGUCGAGUCUAAGAAUUGUGAAGCCACAAUUGGUGAUUUAUCACGGUUUUUGGGAACAGCUUCUGUAGCAAGGGAUAUGUUAGAGAUACUGAAUAAGCUCGGGUAUGAAAAGUUGAGAUAUUGGGGUUUAAGCUAUGGAACAGUGAUCGGAGGAACUUUUGCGGCAAUUUUUCCAGAUAAGAUUGAGCGAUUAGUGAAUGAUGGAAACGUCAAUUAUUCAGAAUGGUAUAAUGGAACGGGAAUCCACUAUAUUGAUGAUACCGACAAAGUAAUGCUCGCGUUCUUUGAUCUUUGUCACAAGGCUGGUCCAGACAAUUGUGCGUUCCAUGAUGCAACACCAGCAGCAAUUCAAGAACGGCUUGAAGAUAUCUAUACCAAGCUUCGAAAGUACCCACUACAAGUCUUCCCUACCACAAACAACACAAUGGAGUUACAGUCUUUGGGGAUUACCCGACCAAAAAUCAUCACAUACUCAGAAGUGAAAAAUGCAGUAAUAUACUCGCUAUAUCAACCCUUGCUCGUCUUUCCUCAAUUAUCCGAAGCAUUGGCUGCACUCGAAGCCAAUGAUGGUAUACCAUUCUUAAAAUUGGCAAUAGCUCAAGGAUAUAUAUCGCCUAGUUUCAGCUGUAGUUACGACUCAUCUUCAUGCGAAGAGAAAUCUAAAUGGCCAUUAGAAGCAGUUGGAAAUGGCGACGCAGCAACGUAUGUGAAAUGUGGAGAAGGUAACUCUGAUGUUGAUAAAGAUAGUUUGGAGGUUAUGAUAAAGUACGAGGAAGAAUUGAGGAGGAAAAGUCCAUUGUCCGCGUCGGUUAUGUUCAAUAUUCGUCUAUCAUGUGCCGGGUGGAAGUCAAGGACGAAAUGGAAUUUUAUUGGACCAUUUGAGCAAAAUACCAGUCAUCCAAUCUUAUUUAUCGGCAACUCAGCAGACAACAUCACGCCUUUAGGAAGUGCAAUUUAUAACUCAAACCUUUUUCCCGGUUCUUCCGUUCUAAUCCAGAAUUCAUAUGGCCAUACUUCGGCAUCCUGCCCAUCAAAAUGCACAGCCAAACAUCGUCUCGCAUAUUUUCAAACCGGUAUCCUACCAUCAAAUGGCACGGUGUGCGAACCUGAUUUUAUACCAUUCGGUAUUCCAGUCGAGGGAAUGGAUGCGCAAACCGAAGGAGAUGAUGAGUUAGACUGGGCAUUAGAAGAACUGUUGAAGUUGUUGUGA